UAGUAAUACAAAGAUUUCAUCGUCUUCGAAGAUCAUCAGGUUCACUUAGCGAAAAGUUUCCAACAAAAGAGAGCCAUGUCUUCGGAACAGCAACGAGCUGAACUUGAAGCCAGGGCUAAGCAGGGAGAGACUGUGAUCCCUGGUGGAACAGGCGGCAAAAGCCUUGAAGCCCAGGAACACCUCGCUGAAGGGAGGAGCCGAGGAGGGCAGACAAGAAGGGAGCAGCUCGGGCCAGAAGGGUACCAGGAGAUGGGUCGCAAGGGUGGUCUAAGCACCGUGGAAAAGUCUGGCGGAGAACGUGCUGCCGAGGAGGGUAUCCCAAUUGACGAGUCCAAGUUCAGGACAAGAAGCUAAUGAGCUAAUUAAUGUAUUUCCAAGCUGUUUAAUUGUUUUAUGCAUGUGUUAAUGUAGUUGGGAAUGACCGUGCACGGGUACGUGUGGUUCUAUCUAUUAUGUGUUAGCGGUUACGAUUUGUUCAUUGGUGUGUGAUCUCUGUUCUUGUAGUGACUGAGAGGCAGCUCCUUUUGCGUUUUGCAAGGUUGUUGCUGCUUCUCGGUAUUGUCAUGUUUAUGUACUUGAU